UAUUAAAUUUAAAACAAAAUACCACUAAAAUAGCGGAAAAUUAAAGAAAUCAAAAAGUAUACAAACAAGUGCUAAAAAAUAUUCUUUAAAAAAAUCAUAAAACUUAGAGAAACAUAACAACAUAAUAACUAACAACAACAGCUAUAAUUAACAAAAUUCAUAACUUGUAUUUAACAGCUUCAUGCAUCCAUCAAAUUGUUAAAGAGACAUUAACAAAAAAAAAACAGAAAAAGAUACACACAACAACCUUAAAACGAACAAACAACAACAAAAAAACAAACAUCUUGUCUUGCAGCCAGCAACCAAACGAUCGCAAACAACCAACAACAAUCAAUGUCAUUAUUUUAAGACAAACGAGCAGCAUACGAAAUCGUACUCUUCAAACCCACAUCAAGCCACACGCCAGCCAGCCAGGAAUGCUAAAAGAUCUUUCGGAAAAGAUGGGGACUAAAAAACUAUUAAAUACUAGUAGUUCACCACCCAUUGCUUACAAACGUUAUUGCAAUAAUUACGAAGAAGCACAAGAACAACAAGAACAAACACCUUUAAAACAGCAACAUUAUCAGCAGCAACAAGAACAACAUUCUAGCGGAAAUCACAGCAACAAAACAAACAUUAACAACACCUGCCUUUUAGUUAAACACAAUACAAAUGCAAUGUUUACAAAAUUAAGGAAUUAUUUUACACAAUUUAGACCGACAAAAUCCACAUUAUCAUCAGCAUCAUCGUCAGUAUCACAUUGUCACCAGCAUCGUAGUUAUCGUCAUGAAAAGCUGACAGAAUGUAAUAGUAUACCCAUAGUGCAGCAUAGCUCUAGCAAAAUGUUACAUAUUGUCAGUAUCGUUGUAACGUUAAUUUUCUUGGCCUCAUUCAACAGUGGCGUUUCAGCGAAUCCCGUUUUUGUGGAUAAUCCCAGCUUAGCACAGUUUCAAUCUGGCAGAAAUAUAAGACAUUUACCUUGUAUAGUAAGAAAAUCGGGCAGAUCUGGUGUGUGUAUGUUUGCUAUUGACUGUAUCAAACAAAAUGGUACACAUUUGGGUACCUGCAUAGAUCGUUUCUAUUUUGGAUCAUGCUGUGAUAUUAAAGAAGAGGAAUUAACUGAAAUAGCUGAUAAUAGCAUAGAUCAAAAUACCAUUUCUCAUCAUUUUACACCAGAAUCUUCCACAGUACCCACCAGUGCAUUAUUUAAGCUCACCACUUUAGGUCCUCUGCAUCAACAUGGCAAUACAAGCUUCACUAGCAGUAGUAGUAUUAGUAGUAGCAGCAGCAGCACUACUGGCAGUAGCAGUAGUACCAGUUUAGCAAACCAACAAGAUGUCACCCAAAUGCUAAAUAGCGUAACACAAACAUUUGCUACUACCACUAUGAAUGAUACCCCCAGACCCACUACUUUGGAAACCAACAUGAAUACGGGCAAACCCUUAAAAACGACCACAACUUAUAAACCUAGCCAACAAACUACACACAAACAGUCGCAUUUUGUGAUAAGAACUACAGCAAAACCCACCAAAUAUACAACAGGAGGAGCAAAACCUUCUCACAAUACAACCACAAAAAAGAAAACUACACCUUCUAGCACAACUAAAAGAAUAACCACAACUACAAGCACCACUACUACUACAAAACGGCCUAUGCUAACUACCACAGAAGCAACACAACAAAGAGAUGAAUUGCCCAUAGAUAUGACUACAACACCUACUAAGCUAUUUACCUACCAAAUAGUAGAAACCACUGCCUUUACUCCCACAGAAGCAACAAAUGUGUUUGAUUUUGUUACCACAGAAAGAGUGCAACACAAAACUACAAAACCGCCAACAACAAGCAGCAGCAGUACAACUACAACCACAGCACCUAAGGCAACAACUACAAAACCUAAAGAUACUACAACCAGCACCACAGCUGCAGCAACAACACACAAAAUCACAACAAUAAAACCUAAACCACAAACUACUAGGAAACCUACAACUACAAAGAAACCCACAAGCAUUAAGAGAACUACAGUUAAACCUACUAGGAGACCAAUAAUAACCACCACCACGGCAGCUGCUAUAACCACAAUCUCAGAUGUUAAAACAACUAAUCAUACCACUUCCACAACACAAACCUUCCAAACUAGUAGCACAAGUCAAGCUACAAAUAAAACUACUUUAGCUCCAAGACCAAGACCCAAACCAACAGCUAGUAUUGUUAAAGUGCCUAAACCUACUACAACAACGACAACUAAAGCUACAACAAAACCUACAACCACUACCACAACAACAACUACUACUGCACCACCCAGAACUACAACUGAGGAGGAAAAAAUUGCAGCAACCACAACGACCACAAAGAAACCUACCACACCACAAACCACUACAACUACCACUAGCAGCACUACAAAGGCACCAACAACUACAACUACUCUUAAAGUCACAACAAAGCCCUUACUAAGUUCUACUACCCACAAACCAGGUUUAGUAACAUGGACCAAUAUCAAUGGAGAACCAGUAGAUUCAAAUCAACCUAUUAUAUCCGACUGGGUGCCAGUAACCAGUGAGGCUCCCUUAAAUACCCACAAUAAGGUGGAAGAACCCUCCUCGGAAAAUGUUACCUUUGAAGAAAUGGAUGUUUCGGUUUCCUCUAGUGUUAGUGCUGUUAUGAACAAUACCACAGUUAUCAUAUCACCACCACAAAAACCGAUUAGUAUGGCUAAACCAACAACUUCCUCUAGCUCUACAACCACCAGCUCCACAACCGAAACAAUUGCCGAUAGUUCUAGCACAACAGCAAAACCUUUAACCUCCACUUCCGAAGCCCCUAAACAACCAGAAUUAAGUUCUACAACAGAAUCCUCUUCCUCACAAUUUACCACUGAAGGUUUCACGCCUUCAAGUUCGACGAUAUCACCUACAGGUUUUACCACCACUGAAGAAGUGUCUACGGAAAGCGUAAAUCUUAAUUCCACUACAUCGGCUCCUAUUACCGGUUUGGAAGGUGUUGACUAUAGACAAGUUUGUGGUCGUCGCAUGUUCCCUGAACCUCGUAUUGUUGGUGGUUCUAAUGCCGCUUUUGGUCGUUGGCCCUGGCAAAUUUCCCUAAGACAAUGGCGUACUUCGACGUAUUUACAUAAAUGUGGAGCGGCUUUGUUGAAUGAAAACUGGGCUAUCACAGCGGCUCAUUGUGUUGAUAAUGUACCACCUUCUGAUCUUCUAUUGCGACUGGGUGAAUAUGAUUUAGCCGAAGAGGAAGAACCCUAUGGUUAUCAAGAAAGACGUGUACAAAUUGUAGCCUCACAUCCACAAUUCGAUCCGAGAACUUUCGAGUACGAUUUAGCUUUAUUAAGAUUCUAUGAACCGGUAGUAUUUCAACCCAAUAUUAUACCCGUAUGUGUGCCCGAAAAUGAUGAGGACUUUAUAGGACAGACAGCUUUUGUAACUGGUUGGGGUCGUCUCUAUGAAGAUGGUCCUUUACCCAGUGUUUUGCAAGAGGUAGCAGUGCCCGUUAUUAAUAAUACCAUUUGUGAGUCCAUGUAUAGAGCAGCGGGUUAUAUAGAACAUAUACCACAUAUAUUUAUAUGUGCGGGUUGGAAGAAGGGUGGUUAUGAUUCAUGUGAAGGUGACUCAGGUGGUCCCAUGGUUUUGCAGCGAGAAUCCGAUAAACGUUUCCAAUUGGGCGGUGUUAUUUCAUGGGGUAUUGGUUGUGCGGAGGCUAAUCAACCGGGUGUUUAUACAAGAAUCUCCGAGUUCAGAGACUGGAUAAAUCAAAUUUUACAAUUCUAGUAUAGUUAUGUUGAGCGCAAUAGUGGUCAAGUUAUUACCGUUAAACUUGGUUAAAGAGGCCGGGUCUGAAAUCCGCGCAAGCAUUUAAGUUUAGCUUUUUCUAUUUAUCGUUUUUAAGUUAAUGCGAAAUGAAUGUUGUAUCUAUAGUUAUUUGUAUUUGUAUGUGUAAUUUGUAUUUUGUAUAUCACGAUAUUAUUUAAUUUUUAUUUUAAUCUAUUCAUGCAGUUAUUUAUUUUAAAUCUACAUUAAUUUAUAGUCUAAUACUAAUUAUUAUUAUUAUUAUUAUAUUCUAGUAUUUAUAAAUAAUUUUUUCUUGUUUGUUUAAGAAAAUUUAGAUGCAAUAUUUUUCUUUGUCACAAUUUUCAUUUUGGGUGAUUAUUUUAUUAAUUUUUUUUUAAAUAUUUAAAUAAUAGUUAUUUAUUAUUUGAUUGGUACGAAGAAACGAGUAUGUAUAAAUUAUGCUCAGCAUAAUUUACAAAAAAAA